AUGGCGCGUGGGGUUUUUCCUUAUGUCGCCGUAGGGGCUGGGAUUAUUUUUGUAGGCUACUGCAUUUAUUUUGACAAGAAAAGACGCAGUCAUCCGGAUUUUUGGAAAAACCUGAAAAAAAAGAGAAUGGAACAAAAGGCUCUUGAGGCUCAGAAUUCAUCCUCCUUCCCGUUACCCCCUGUAAAUGAUCAGGCUGCCAUGCAAAAGUUUUUCCUAGAGCAAAUACAAAAAGGAGAGGCUGCUCUGAGUAUGGGAUUUUUAGAUGAGGGUGUCAACCACUUCGCUAUUGCUGUUGCGGUUUGCAAUCAACCCAAUCACCUAGUACAGGUUCUCCAACAGUCACUUAGCCCAACUGUAUUUCUGAGGCUUAUUGAGAUCCUUCCUUCAGUGCAGUCCAAAUACAAGAUGAUGAUUGCCAGUCGUUCAUCACUAACACGAGAAAUCGAAGAAGACCUAGAAUAA